AAUCUAGUCUAGAUCAAGACCUAUUUAGUGUGAUAGACUGCUGCAAGAUUAAUAGAUUCCUUCGUAAAGCUAGCUUCUGCUAGAUCUAUAUGUCAAUAUGUAGAUCUAGAUCUAUAUUCUAGAAUAGAUUCAGAUCAACCAGCUCUAUAUCAUAGUGAUGAAAAUUGGUGCAUAAUAAUGUAAAAAUAGAUUAGUAGGUCCUACUAUUCUGAAAGAAAUGGGACCUGAAGGCCUUGGACUUGGAUUAUACAUCUUGAUUUUGUUCUUAUUGUGAUACUUGGCCCUGAAUCAAUAGACCUGUACUGCCUACAGAUUGUAGAAUCCUAGAUAAUUUGAUACUGUAUGUUAACAAUAUGGCACGAAAAAAAGUUUCAAGCAAACGAACCAAACAAUCAACUUCUACAAAACAUGUUUCAAAAACAUCGUUGAAUCUUGCACAUGCUGAGACACAGAAAAACAAGGAAGCAGAUACUGAAAUAGUACUGAUGGAUAUUUCUUCUCUCAGAAGAAUGCCAACGGAUGAGUUAAUAAAUGAUAAUAUGGAAAUAAAUGCCAGAAGAAGCUCAAGAAGUCAAGCAGUUGAGUCUGUGAAGGCUUUAACAUCAAAAUUGUUGAAAUCAAAAGGCAAUUCAAUAGGAGGAAACUCAUCAUGCCCAUCUAUAACCAUGGAUGGAAAAAAACAUGCAGAUAAACUUGUUGAAAAGUUGAAUAAAAUUUCAGUCAUUUCAUCUGAUAAAAAGUUUAAAUUACUCAAUUCUUCUACCAAUAAACUCAAUAAACAAGUGUUUUCUACAAAAUUAUCUAAAAGUGCUGAUGUUUCUAAACAACAUAGGAAAUUGCAAACAUUUUCUGGCAUGACAUCAUAUCAGAAAGUCAAGAACACAAAUAAAAGGCAUAGUUUUUCAUCUGUUAAAAAACCUAAUGUAGCUACUAAAAAAACUCUAUCAAAGCAGAUUUCAGCAAAACUUAUUAAAGGAAAUUUAAGAACUGCCAAUAAAAUUCUGUGGUUUCCCAAAGAUGCCAUUCUAGCUGUUCGCACUGAUAAAGAUGAUGAUUUUUUUCUGUGUCGAACAAGAAUCAAUGUGUACAACUACACAAGGCAUGUCAAAAUCAAUUGGUUUGUGAAGAAACCAAAAAAAUACAAAAUUCCAAAUAGUUAUAAAAUGAGUUAUAGAGAUGUUAUUGAUCCAGCUUCAAUUAUUAUGCAGGUGAAUAUCAAAAGAUUGACGCGUGUAACUUACCAGCUUCCAAAUGACCAGUUGGAAGAAAUAAAGAAACUUUUACAAGUUGCACUAGAAGUUGAAAGUGGAAAGAAAACUGUUGAUGAAUUGGAUGAUGAUGUGCAACAAGUUAUUAUAAUUGAUCAACCUUCUACCAAGAAACCAAGAUUACAGAAAACAGCUUCUCAGAGAUUGAGAGAUAAAGAGAAAAAGGUGAAAAAAAGUAAGGAACCAAAGGGUGAGAGGAAAUCAAGGCAGAAGAUUGAUGCUCAAGGUGAACCUAAAAGAAAGAGACCAACAAAAAAAACUACUUUAACUUUACAGCCUAGAACAGACAUUAAAAUUUUGGCUCUUGAUCCUCUGUUUGAAACAAGGGAUCCAAUGCCUUAUGUUUCAAAAGCUGCCAACUCCAGACUUGUAUUUAGAGCUAUCCAUUUGAAGGAUAACAAACUUCUCACAAAAUUGCUCAAAGAUGGUAGCAAGAUUUAUAAGUUACAUCACAAGUCUCUAGAUAAUGAAAACACUCCUGCAAGUGCUGCUGGCUUAGCCAAUGACAAGAACAUUCUUUUGACUCUUCUGGAGGAAUUUUUUGGAAAGAAAUUCAAGGACAGAUGCAAAAAUAACAAGGGAGAUAAACACUUUCUUGAUAAAUUGGGAACUGGAAGAUACAACAGGCGUUCCUUAGGAAUUAAUUUUAUUCGCAAGAUUACAGCCAGUCGUGGAAGUCGAGAAGGAAACAAUGCAUUUGUGAUUAAUGAUGAUGCUGUCAGCUACUGUGAAAAUGAUUUUAUAACAGAAUUUCUAAAGACUAAUUCAAAUCCAGAUCUACUUAAAGUUAUAGAACAAUUUUUUGAGGAAAAGAAACAAGAUAUCUAUACUAAUGUAUUUUCUGUUCAAGAUGUACAUAAAUUACUUCUGAGUGGCCUACCUUAUAUUGCUGGUAAAAUAAUCCAAGCCAAUCUGAAAUAUAGCAGCAGAGUGUUCCAUCAUUUGUUUAGAGAUGUUUUACUGUUCACAAAUGAAGAUUUAACUGGAUGCUCUCCCUCUAACUUACGCUUUGUUAGCAAAAGAGUUUUUAAGUUGAGUGUCUUCCACUGUGCAGCAGCAAACAGUAACUCCAAAUAUUUAGAAAAGCUCUUGUCUGUUCAGCCAGAUGUUCAUAUUGUUGAUAGUCGUGGAAACAGGCCUUUACAUUUUGCUGCAGCCUGUGAAUCACCUGACAAUGUUAGAUUAUUGCUUGAAAAAGGAGCCAAUUUUAAUGAUACCAACAACAAUCGUGAGCUACCACUUCAUAUAGCCAUCCAAGCUAAAAGACCUGAGAAUGUAAGGCUACUUCUUGAGGCAGCUGCAAACAACCCCACCAAAGAUCCAUUCUCUGACAGGUUUGGCACUGGAGGUGUAAAUAGAUGUGACAACUCUAGUAGGACUCCACUACACCUUGCAGCAGAUCACUGUGUUUCUGAAGUAGCUGAAAUUCUUUUGAAAUUUGGAGCCAAUGUUAAUGCUAAAUUAAGUGUAUCUCAAAACCAGUUGUCUCCCUUAAUGACUGCUGCUGCCCAAGGAGAUUUAAAAAUGGUUCAAUUACUUGUCAAAAAUGGUGCAGACGUAGAACAAAAAGAUCGCAUGGAACGUAGAGCAGUUAUUCAUGCCUGUAUGAAUGGCUCCACUAAUGUUUUAUCUUAUUUGUUGAAUAUUGGAGCAAGUGCUGAGCACCCUGAUAGCUCUGGGAAUUCCCCAUUACACUAUGCUGCAGCUUAUGGGUGGUACUUUACUGCAAAACUUCUUCUCGAGGCUGGGGUAGACCCAAAUGCCAAUAACAUGUGGAAGCUAACACCUGUAAAUGUGGCUUACCUUAAGUCACAGGUUGGUAUUGUUCAGCUUCUACUCAAUCAUGACAAGGUGGACAUUAAUUUUGCAGAUGAUAAUGGUAAGACCUUGAUAUUCCAUGCUUGUGAAAGUGACCUUCUGCAGCCAGAUCUAGUGGAGCAAAUCAAAUAUAUUAUUGAGCAAAAAGGGGCACUAUGCAACAUAAGAGAUAACUCUGGACAAACUCCACUCCAUUGCUUGGCUUCCAAUUCAGUUAAUGUUGAUGAUGAAGAAAAAAACAGUCAAGAAACUUUAAAGACUGAAGCUUUUAAACAAAGUGUCUCCAUAGCCCAGUUGUUAAUUAAACAUGGCUGUGACGUGAAUGCUGUUGAUGAUAAUAAUGAUUCUGCUGCAAUGAUGGCACUCAGUGAAGUUAUCAAUUUACCUCUUUGUGAAUAUUUACUGGAAAAUGGAAGUCCAAUAUUAAUGCCUGCUGGCUCAGAACGAUCCACUACCAUGUUGCAUAGUAUAGCAAGUUCCUUGUGGGAAGCUCCUUCAAAUUUAUGCAAAGUGUUUAAAGUUAUUCAGAAAUUUAACUAUCUUGACACUCUUAAAUCUAUGGCAAGUUAUGUCGACUGUCUGGGUUUCACACCGCUACAAACUGCUUGCUUGACAGCUUCGAAAAUUUAUUGGGUAAACUAUGAAUCAAUAGAAGAUCGUAAAGUGUUAAAGAAAAACUGGGACAAUGUCAGAGCUUUUAUAAGAUUAUUGGUGGAUGAACUAGGCUCAGAUGUCAAUGCUAAAGUACAAAAAAGAUAUUAUGAUGAGGUAGAUAUGCCUGCUCCCAACUCUGACAGUUGGUGGUACAGUAAAGAAACAGCUGGAAGAACAGCUGCUCACAUUAUCAUGCUUAAGAAUGAUCCAGAGUUUGACAGUGAAUUUAAAUUUGUACAGUGUGGCAAGUCAAGUCAAAUUUUUAAAGAUUUGGUUCUUCUUGGAACUGAUCUUAAUGUACUGGAUGAAAGUGGAAACUCCCCUUUGUCAACAUGCAUUCUUAGUGAUCGAGAAGAUCUCUUUGAAUUUAUGGUAACUAAAGGCAAUUGUAACUUGAAUCUGAAAGUGAAACAUGAAAAAGAUCAAUGGAUACAUCCUCUUAUUUUGGCUGCUACAAGAUUUUCUGCCAAUGGGACAAAGAACUCUUCAGUCAUCUGUAAAUUGAUUGAAUUAGGCUGUGAUCUCAACUGUGAAGCCUCCAAUACCCAGAAAAAGAUACUGCACUGUGUAGCUACUGCUGCAGACCCUCAAGCAAGAGAAGAGGUUCUCAAAAUUGUGAACAAAUUAGCUGAAAGAGAAUACAAUUUUAAUAGCCUUGAUGGUAAAAAGAGAACUGCAAUGCAUUAUGCACUGAAGACCAAUAAUGGUGGACUCAAUCAAAGUUAUGAAUUGGAAGUCAAACUUAUUGUCCUUGGCACCAGACUUGGUCUGAAAGAUAAAUAUGGCAGAACAGCUCUGCACUACAUUUUUAAGAAAGCUAAGAAUGCAAAGCCUGCUUCAAAUACAUACAGACAUUUCAAUUAUACAACACCAGGAAAUGCUGGUUCUAAUGAUCCAGCUGAACUAACUAAAUUGAUUGGCAGAGACAUGAAUGUGAUUGAAAUCAAUGAAAAAGAUAAAUAUGGUCAGACGGUACUUCAUCUUGCAGCUAAACAGGGGGCCACAUUUUGUUGCAUGUACUUGACUUUGGUUGGGGCUGCUGUAAACAUAGAAGAUAAUGAUGGAAAUACAGCACUGUCAUUAGCCGUACAAAAUAAAUUUGAUGGUUGUGCUGCAACAUUAAUUCAGUCUGGUUCCAACUUGAAGUCAAAGGUUAUCAUUAUACAAAAUGAGGAGACAGUAAAGUUAGCUAGCAAGGAAAAUAAGAAUUCAGAAAGAAAGUCAAAAGGUAGAGAAAAAAAGGACAUCUGGCAGUGGAAUCCAGAUUCUCUAGUGAAGGUUGCUGAGUCUGUCAGAGUUUUGUCCCUUUAUCAGGCUGCAAUAGAGUUUGACCUACCAGGAGUAGCCAUGUUUGUAACUGAAGCUAGCCUUGCCAAAUCUGGUCUCUCUCAACAGGAUGCUAUUACUACUGCACUGAAAUCCUGCAAGUACAAUAUAGCACUACGUCUUCUGUGUACCACAACUGAUAUCUCUGUACUUCAUAUAAAGAGAGAGCAUAGUCAAAGUCUACUGCAUGUUUUAGCUCUAAGUGGAGCUGACUACAAACAAAAGAAUGAUCCCAUUCUUGUUAAGAUUGCAGAUUUCUUAUUCAGUGCUGGGCUUUCUGCUAAUGAAGGGGAUGAAUUCAAUUGUAACCCUAUAAUGUAUGCUGUUCUAAAUAGACUUUUCCCAUUGGCUGACUUUUUAGCUGAAAAAAGUGAUGGGUAUGAUGUGAAAUAUACAGACAAUUUUAACAGAUCCUACCUGGCAGCAGUCUUAUGGAGAUGUCAUUCAAGUAAAAUUGAUCAAGCUUGUUGGGAUUUCAUUGAGAAAUUGCUGAAAGCCAAAAUUGAUUUGAAUCAAUAUUUUGAUUUGCCAUUGAACCCUGACCUGGCCACAAUUGUUACAAGUGAAAGCAAAAAAGAUCCAGAUUAUUGGAUAAGUUAUCCAGGUGUCAAGACAACUGCUUUGUUUGCUGCUAUUUGCUGUCUUGAAUUCACUAUAUCUUACAACAUUUUAGCUUGGGGAGCUAAUCCUAACCUUGUGGAUGGAAAUGAUUUAACUCCCCUUAUGUAUGCUGUCCUAUUGAAUCGAACCAAUCAUGUGAGACAGUUACUAAACUAUGACUAUGAUCCAAAAAAAUCAUACAAAACUAAGCCUGACAUGGAGAAAGUAAAAACUACAAAUUGGAACAAGAAAUCUCGCGCUGUAUUUAAUCUGAAGGCCAGUAGAGAGGAGAGUGAUGAAAGUAGUGAGAGUUCGGAGGAGUCCAUGGAGGAAUCAGACAAUGACACAAGUGUGAAAGAAGAAUACUUUACAAUGAAAAAAACAAGUUCCGUAAAUUUGUUUGCAAAAGAUGGUAAAGGACGAACAGCACUCCAUUAUGCUGCACAAACACACUCCAAUGGGACAUUUGAUAAUGAUGAAGCUGCUUUUGUUUUGGUAAAAGCAGGAGCUAAGCUAACCACAGACUCUUCUGGGAUGAACCCUUACCAACUAGCUGUGAUGUCUGGUGCACUGAAGGUUGCUGAAGUGAUUAGGAAAUAUUUUGUUUUACACCAAGAAAGGCCCCCUGAGAGUAUUUGGCAAAAUGAUGUGAAUGAUGGUGUACCCAAAGUCUUUGAAACUUGGCCUGAUUUUAAAGAAGCAUCAGAGAAAGUACUCCGGCGUUAUGAUUCAAGUAAAGUUGUACAAGAUGUUUAUCUGCAUGAAGUGGACUCUUAUUGCAAUAUAACAGAUGGGGAACUACUCAAGGAUGAAGAACAGAAUAUUUAUUAUGAUGUCCUGAUGACUAAAGUAGAUGUUAAACAAGGUGAAUGGGGGCUGUAUAAUUUUUAUCAAAUGCAGAUUGUUUGUCAGCCCAAGAAGUCUUUGUUUGUCUUGUUCACUCGUUGGGGGCGUAUUGAAGAUGCAGGUCAAUUCCAGCACACCCCUUAUUCUACCAAAGAGGAAGCUGUCAAAGAGUUCAUGAAAAUUUUUAGAGAAAAAAGUGGAAAUAAGUGGAUUAAUGUUAAAAAUUUUGAAAGAAAGCCCAAUAAAUACAGACUCAUUGAAGAUGCUGCCAGGAAAGCUCCAGUACCUCAGAAGGAUGUUGAUUUUAACCUUGAAAGCAAUGUUUCAUCUAGAGUCCCCAAACAUCUAUACAUGCUUGUUGAAACUUUGAUGAAUCCUAAAUCCAUGCAGUUGUCAAUGACACAAUCAGGCAAGAAUGAGCUCUCUUUGGCUCUUGGGCAGCUUAAUAAAGAAUUGCUGUUGAAAGGCAAAGACCUGCUGGAUCAAAUUGAGAAGUUAGUGGAGGAGGUGGAGCAAUACAGACGAUUUCCUAAAGAUAAACAGGAAGAUAUCACAAACAAAGACAUUUACAGAAAUAAUUUAGAAAAGAUUGCUGAACUAAGCAAUGAAUAUUUUCAUGUCAUCCCUACUAAGAACUUUUCAUGUGAGAAAAUUCGUCCUUUAGAUCAGCGAAAGAAACUAAUGGUGCAAAUUCACAACUUAAGUAAUCUACUAGAUUACGAAAUUGCCUCAAAAAUGAUGUUGGCUGCCAUGCACUAUAAAACAGUGUACAACCCAGUUGACUAUGUGUAUCGAUCUAUUGGAUGUAAGAUAGAGAUGAUGACACCAAGGGAUGAAAUGUCACAAAUGAUACUGAAGUAUAUCUCUCUGACUGGUACAGGUGUUAAGGUUUAUGGUAUAUACAAACUUCAACGUAAUGGAGAAAGUGAUCGAUUGAAGUCCACAGGACUUGCUGAUCAUCGUCUCUUAUGGCAUGGAACUAACACCUCUAACUUGUUGAGUAUACUGAACCGAGGUCUUGUGAUUUGUCCACCAGAAGCCCAAAUGACUGGCUGGGCUUAUGGGAAGGGCAUUUAUUUCUCUGAUGCUUUCAACAAAAGUGCUAGUUACAUAGCAACAGAUGGUGAUUCUUCUUACAUGCUAUUGUGUGAAGUGGCAUUAGGUGACAAACUAGAUUACAAAAGUGUAAUGGAGGAUGAAAACAAUAAAGAAAAGCGAAUGAAAGAGGCUCACAACUCAGUGGUUGUACAAUCUCAAUAUUCGUACUUCAAUGACUCAGACUGGUUCCAUUUACCAAAAGGUGUCUGCCUACCUCAAGAAUCCCUGAAAAACACCUAUAAUCACAACAGUUAUUAUACACAGUAUGUUAUAUUGGAUCCUGCACAGGUGUGUCUUCGUUACUUAGUAGAGUUUUCUAAAUAGAUUGAUUUAUUUAUGCAAGAUCUUCUACUGCAUUAUUGCCAUCAGAUAAUGAACUUAUUGCCAAGGAUUCAUAGAUUUGCUCUCAAGUUUAUGACUGCCAUAUAUUUAUAAUACAUCUACUAUUUUUUAUAAUAAACUUCUUUUUUUCUUUUAAUGUUCUGCAGUUUUUAUCUAAUUGAAUAAAAUUGUUUAUGUUAUACAUGUUUAUGAUAAAUUCUAGAGAUACUAUAAAUUGUUUGUUUUUUUAUUGAUGCUUCAUUAAAUGUAGAGUGCAAACUUUUUUUACUCUUAGAGAAAUGUUUUGUUUAACAAUUUAUUAUUUCUAAUGUUAUAUAGACAUACCUUGUGAUAUAUAUUUAUUGAAUGUUGAUUCAUCAGUUUAAAAUACAAUAGUAGUCUCCCCUACAGGACUUUUAGUAAAACGGUUUUAAAUCUAUCAGAAAUGUUUACACUAUUUUCAUUGAUCUACACGCACAUUUGUAUGUUCCAAAAUAUUUUGUUUGAUUUUUUUCUGUGAUAUCUAUAAAUUAAAUGAUUAUUUAUACCUUAAAGAUGGCAUUGAUGUCUUUAGUAGUCUUCGUGUCUGAGCAGCAAAUGAUUCAUUUAAGAAGAUUUGUAAUAGUUUUAUUAGACUUUCUAGUUUUGUGAAGGCCUAACACAGUAUUUAGUUAGUCUGUUCUAUGCAUGAGGCAGCAUUCUUUUUGAUGCAAUCCUUCACAUCACAUGACUUUAAGGUUUGUGAAAGUAAAUCAUAAAUGCUCACAAAGGGUACACACAACUGAUCUUUCAUUCAAUAUUGAUAACAGCAAUGCACAUAUAUAUUUGAACCUAAUAUAUCAAACCUUGUGUUUGUCUUAUAAUUCUGACCAUAUUGUAUCUACGUUAAUAUGCACAGCUUAUAGCCUACUAGUUAUGACAAAAGAUACACUUUUUUUUAGAGAGAAGUCAAAUGGUUUUGCUUUACAUAAUAUUUUAAUAUAUCAUUUUCACAUGUUCACCAAUGUCAUAUAUCUAGUAUUGUAGAUUGUGGAGGACAAAAAUGUUUUUUAAAAAGCUGAACAUAUUUUAAAGUUUUUAUUUUGUAGUAAUUUUAUCACUUAAACUAAUUGAUUUAUUAAAAUAUGUUUAUGUCUGCAACUACUAUUUAUUUAUAUCAUUGUAAAACAAACAAAAAAAAACACUUUUC